AUGGGAUUUCUUGAAACAGAAGAGCGGGAAUCACUCGAAAUAGGGUCACCUCGUUAUGAAGUCGAAACAUUACAUAGCGAUCGAUUCCAUGGAGAUAGAACUCCCUCCCCAAUUUCAUCUGAGACUUCAUUUUUAAAUAAUACUUUUCAAAAUAACAUUCAAACUUCAACUAAUUCUUUUAUAAAUCAUUUUUCAACGCCAUGGAAACUCGGCGUUUCGUUCUCAAUGCGAAACGCCUCGGCUUCACUAUCAUUUUCAUAUACUAUAGUAAUUAUAUCUUUAAUAACAAUUCUCUUUGGGGGUAUGAUUAUGCAUUCAUUUUUUUACCAUCAAAAAGAUCCUAAAGGUUGUAAUGUUUCGAGUAUGUACCCUUUAUAUAUUAGACAAGAUAAUUUUGAUAGUGAACAAACAAGAUUUGCUGGAAAAUAUAGUCUAUAUCUUUACAGGGAUCGAGUUCACGAUAAUGAUCAGCCAACUGGAAUUCCGGCCCUUUUUAUUCCAGGUAAUGCUGGUAGCUAUAAACAAUCUCGUUCAAUAGCUUCAGAGACGUCAGUGAUUUUCUCUGAGAUUUUUGCGAGAGAUCCAGCAUCGAGUGAAAUGGGUGUUAGCUCGCUUGAUUUUUUUACAGUUGAUUUUAAUGAAGAAUUUUCUGCGCUUCAUGGGCAUUCUCUGAAUGAACAGGCAGAAUAUCUUAACGAUGCGAUUCGAUAUAUUUUAUCAUUGUAUCCAUUAACGCGAAAGACCCAGGAUACCAAUUCACCCCAUCCGGAUCCGACUUCGGUUAUUAUAAUCGGACAUUCAAUGGGUGGUGUAGUUGCCAGGACUUUGUUUACAAUGCCAAAUUUCCAACCCGGAUCUAUAAACACCAUUUUAACAUUGGCAACACCACAUGUUUUACCUCCUUUUCCAUUCGAUUGGCAAAUCAGCAAGAUCUAUACUGACAUUAAUGAGUUUUGGAGAAAUGGUUAUUCUCAAAGUGCAACACCUGAGAAUUCUUUGGCGGAUGUUACUUUAAUAUCUAUUGCUGGUGGCAAUUUGGAUACUAUUGUAUGUUCAGAUUCUGCCAAUAUAAAUUCGCUUGUGCCUGCAUCUCAUGGCUUUACUGUUUUUACCACAUCUAUUCCUAAUGUAUGGACUUCAAUGGAUCAUCAAGCCAUUUUAUGGUGCAAACAAUUUGUCAAGGUUGUGGCAACCUCUUUAUUAAGUAUUGUCGAUAUUAGACGUCCUGGACAAACAAAAACAAGCGUAGAAAGAAUGGCGGCAUUUCGAAAAUUUUAUUUGACUGGACUUGAAGAUCCAUUUGAUUUAGGAUUAAAUAAGUCCAAGAGAGAAAAGGUCCCACACAAAUUUUUAAAUAUGGGACAGAGAAUAGUAUUAAAUGAGUUGAAUUUAACAUCUCAAGUAUACUUGAUGCCAAUACCGCCAGUAGAACCACUUUCAACAUUCUCUUUAUUGACAGACCAAUAUUUGUCAAAAGAUCCUGGGGUAGAAAUUCUUUUAUGUGAUGUGAUGCCAACAGAGGUUCCAGAUCAUCAAAAUAAGGGUGACAAUUCAUCUUUAAAUAUAGAAUUACCUACAGCGCCAAGACUUUCUUGUCACAUUGCAUCUAAUGAAGCAUCUUUAUUGCCAGCUUCAAGAAGAGAUUUGGAACAUCCAUUUUCUGGUUUAACAUUUAAUUAUUUAAAAUUAAAUGUUAGUGAUCUGGGAGAUUAUCAAUAUAUCGCCAUUAUGUUUCAGAAUAAGGUUUUUAUGGAGGGAUUCUUAAUUGGGGAGUUCUUUGAUGAAAGGUUAACAAUGAUAGAUUUGAAUAACUCGUCUAUGAAAGGUCGGGAUGAUAAUGUUAAUCUUAUAAUUGAUGGAAUUCAUUUUGAUGGAUUGCCCGAACAUCAAGCCAUGGUAUCGUUUUUACGCAUUCCAAUUAUUGAUAGUAGUUUAAUGACAUAUAAGAUGUCGGUUCGUCGUACAGGAUGUGUAGAUCAACAUUUUGCAUUGUUUGUACGUCAAUCUAUUUCGUCCAUGUACGAAUCUAAAUUCCUUGUCAACAUUGAAUAUGCAAACUUGAAUAUUCACGGACAGUCUCCUUUCGUAACACCUGUUAAUGCACCCAAUUUCCGUAAAGGACUUGAAUUGCAAUUUUGGAUGGAUCCUACUUGUUCAAUUCCAUUAACAAUAGAUAUCGAAUGGGAUUUGUAUGGAAGUCUUGGUAAAAUAGUUAUGCGGUUUCAAACCAUUAUCGUUGCAUUUCCUUUUAUUAUAGUUAUUAUGACUCUAAGAGCGCAGUUUAGAGAAUAUAAUCGCGGUGAGCCCUUUAUGAGUUUUGGAUGUGGGUUGGAACUUUUUAUUCGACAAACAUUUUUGAAAUUUAUUAUUAUGGUGUCAGCAUUAUCUAUUUAUCAGUCUUUCUCUCAAGCUUCAAAAACAUAUUCACUAGUAGAUUUAUUUCCAAUGGAUUAUGCGUCAGGAGAUAUGCAAAAAGUUAUUAAAGCAAAAUCAUCAUUUAAUGUGAAUGAUACAUUGCUCGGAAACCAAGAUCCUUUUUUCUGGUUUUUACCGCCAUUAUUUUUUCUAAUGAGUAUUGGCAUAACUGCAUUUUUUUGGGUACUUGUAACAAUCAUUGUAAAGGCCUUGGCUGGAGCUGCUGUUUUUAUGAGUCGACAAAACUUAUUUAUAAAACAUAGGCUUCAAAAUUGA